AACCUACUUUGUCACUCUGGGGUGAAAUGAGUUUCCCCCGAUCAAGUUUCAGCGAUAAAAAAGCAUCGAGAAUAAAAACAAAAAAACAUUAGAAAGUGUCGUGUAGUCGUUUGUGCGGGAGGAUGUUUCUGCAACAAUGAGAGCUUUGUGUCGCGUAUACACACAGGUGUCUCAGGCGUGACAGGUGAUGUCUGAGCUGAGUAUGUACCAUAAGGUGCCUGUUGCCAUUAUCACUACCAUUUGUUUACCUUUGCUGUGGUGGAAUUUAGUUUCCACUAAUGUCCAGAGGGCAACGUGUCAAUGCCCAGGAGUGCAGCUCUUUUUCAAGCUAUGUGAUCAAAAUGCAAAUGUAAUUCUGUGUUUGUCACAUCACACAUUCAAAUAUAAUGACUUCCAGUGAUUCGACUAUUUUUUGAUACUUUAAAGGAUUUACUUUUAUGUUGUGCGCAAAGAGCUAAAAAAAAAAAAGACAACGUUGUAAACAACUUGUAAAAAUGUGUAGCUGCACUCUCAUUCAACAUCGGGGUGCUGAAGUUUUGGCCUUUUUGCAGCUGAAACCAUAGUGAUCAUCAGCAGGCAACAGAGAGCAGAGGGCCCUCCAGCAGACAUCACUGGCUGGUACCAGACAGGAAGAGAAAACUGUAAACUCACUACCUACACACGGCAUUUACUACAACACUAAAGCACAACAUCUCUGAGCUUAACCUUAAGUCGAUGGCACAGCUUUUAUUUUUGUUAUUCCUGUCAGGGGAUGGGAUUCGGAUGCCAGUGUAGUUUAUAGUCUUCGUGAUGUAAAAAUAACUCCGGCCAAUCAGCGGUAACAGCUGCGAUGUACUGUACGGAGCCGGCCAAGCACAGAUUGCUCUAUAACUCAAAAUGAUUGAAGACUUCGGGCGGAGCGGUGACAACAUGGCAGAUACAAGGCAACUGUUUGUGGAGAUGAGGGCUCAAGAUCUGGACUCCAUACGAUUAUCGACAUACAGAACAGCCUGCAAACUCAGAUUCGUGCAGAAGAAAUGCAAUUUGCAUUUGGUUGACAUCUGGAAUGUCAUCGAGGCUUUCCGAGAGAACGGCAUCAACACCAUGGACCUCAGCGAGGACCUCUCUGUGGCUCGUCUAAAAGUGGUGCUGUCCACAAUUUUUUACCAGCUGAACAAGCGCAUGCCCACCACACACCAGAUCACCGUGGAACAGUCCAUCAGCCUGCUGCUCAACUUCCUGCUGGCAUCCUAUGACCCGGAGAGCCAGGGCAAGACGUCUGUCUUUGUUGUGAAGAUGGCCCUGGCAACCAUCUGUGGAGGGAAAAUCCUGGAUAAAUUAAGAUAUAUUUUUUCCCAGAUAUCCGAUUCUGCUGGAAUAAUGGUCCACUCGCAGUUUGACCAAUUUCUGAGGGAGGUGCUCAAAUUACCCAUGGCGGUCUUUGAGGGACCUUCUUUUGGCUACACCGAACAAGCUGCAAGAACGUGCUUCGCACAGCAGAAAAAGGUCUCCCUCAAUACAUUCCUCGAUACGUUGAUGUCAGACCCGCCCCCUCAGUGUCUGGUGUGGUUACCGCUCAUGCAUCGGCUCACCAACGUGGAGAACGUCUUUCACCCGGUCGAGUGCUCCUACUGCCACAUUGAGAGUAUGAUGGGCUUCCGCUACCGCUGCCAGCAAUGUCAUAAUUACCAGCUCUGUCAGGACUGCUUCUGGAGGGGGCAUGCCAGUGGUCCCCAUAGCAACCAGCACCAAAUGAAGGAGUAUACCUCAUGGAAAUCCCCUGCUAAGAAGUUAUCCCAUGCCCUCAGUAAGUCACUGAGCUGUGCAUCCAGCAGGGAGCCUCUUCACCCCAUGUUUCCCGAAAUGCCAGACCAACCUCUCAACCUAGCUCAUAUUGUAGAUACGUGGCCACCAAGACCAGUGAACAUCAGCAAUGACUACUCGCUCUCCCACUCCAUGCCUACAUCAGGGAACCCUUACUCCACCAAAAACUUGCCUUACAGCAAGAAUAACGAUGUUGAGCAAAGACAGCCUUUGACUCAGGCUGCUCCACAUCUGUUUAGAGGGAGAGGGUUGAACUACAACCUCGAUGUUGCCGAUAGACUUGCAGACGAACAUACUCUCAUUGGCCUCUAUGUGAAUCUCCUCCAAAACAACCCCAAAACAUGUUUGCUGGAGAGUAAUCAUCAAGACGAAGAGCACAGCCUCAUCGCCCGCUAUGCUGCUAGACUGGCUGCUGAUGCCGCGGCUCAGCAGCAGCGGAUCCCCACGGACCUCCCCUUCUCUCUGGAUGCCAACAAACAGCAGAGGCAACUCAUCGCCGAGCUCGAGAGCAAAAACAGAGAAAUCCUGCAGGAAAUCCAGCGUCUGCGUGUUCAGCACGAGGAGGCCUCCCAGCCGCCACCUGACAGGGGUCAGCAGAACCCCACUCUUCUGGCUGAGCUUCGACUUCUCAGGCAACGCAAAGAUGAGCUUGAACAAAGAAUGUCUACUCUGCAGGAGAGUCGUAGGGAACUCAUGGUGCAGCUGGAGCAACUAAUGAUGCUUCUCAAGACUCAGGGCCCCAGCUCUCCGCGCUCUUCCCCCAGCCACACCAUCAGCCGGCAGAUCCCCACACCUAUCCACUCGGACUCUGCCGGCACGACCCCGACUCACACACCUCAAGACUCACUCAUGGGCCUGGGAGGGGAUGUUCAGGAGGCCUUCGCUCAGGGUCCAAGGAGAAAUUUGAGAACUGACCUCCUCAUUGCUGCUGACUCCAUCACCAACACGAUGUCAUCGCUGGUUAAAGAACUCAAUUCAGAGGGUGGAAGUGAGACCGAGAGCACCGCGGAUUCAGAUUUUGGACGUGCUGACCUGUUGGCCACAACCUCUUCAGAUCCCCUCUUCACAUAUAAACCAAGGAGUGCCAGCGCUGCGGAGAGCUUCGAGAACGAUCUGGAGCAGCAGCUGGAGGACCAGCUCAAGCUGGAGGAGCUAAUAAAGCAAAGGCAGGAACCAGACAAAGCGUGCAUGGUGACGCUGCAGCAGUGACUGUUUGUCCAGGUGACUGAUGAGCAAUAUGAAAAGCAACAAUAGUAGGAGACACUGGACGAGGCCACACUGGGCCGACGGUACAGAGCACUGAAGACGUGAAGAAUUUAAGUUGAAUAAAUGGCUGAAUCCAACCAUGGAAUACAUUUAUGUAAAGAUAUAUUUUUUAACCAACCACAUAUUUAAGGUAAUACUGUGAGCUGAUGUGAAGAGAUUAAUUAGUGAGCUGUCUAUUACACCACAGGUGCCAUAAAAAACCACGUGACUUCGGGGAAUUAUUUCUUAAUUUUUAACCUUUUUAUAUGAGUUGUCGAGCAAAUGUACAACUACACGGUUAGUUCAAAUCUGAUUCUUUCAAAUGUUCAUGUUCCUGCAAACAGUGAACCAGGUUUUAAGUGUUUGUUUGUCUUCUGAUUUCAAAUAUAAACCUGCGUUGGAGUUGAAGUUAUAGACGAUACAUUUUGCAAUAUUUAAUAAAUGUAUAACUCCAGAUUUAACCAUUGGUCCAUAGAUUUCUUACAGUUGCUGUCGAGUGGCUUUUGUGUUGUUUUUUGACUUGUUUUUGGAGCGGGCCGAUCAAAUGUGCUUGUUUUAUUUGAUACCUUAGUGAUAAUAAUGCACACAUGCCUUAGCUGAUUGGAUGACCUCUCAAUGGAGCUCAUUCAAACUGUCAAAUGCAGCAUGUAGCCAACAACUAAACACGCCUGUUCAGCAGCAACGCUCGUUGUCUUCACUGGACAAAUUAGGUUAAAUUCAUUAAAUCUCAUGCUGGGAAGUGGUUUUGUCUGCAAACAUGUACAAUGUCUACAUAUACAGUAUAUAUUGUCAGUUAAGUUACAGAUGGAUUGGUUCUGAUAUCUGGAAGUGUUACAGUGAAAAUAUGUAACACAGAGACUUCCAAAUGGUUUACACUGGUGAGGGUGUUGAAGAAAUUGUGUUUACUAUCAAUGUUUUAUGAAUUAAGGUUCGAUCGUGUGCCAUCGUUUCAUUUGCUGGCAUCGCUGUUCUCGCACACAAAUCUCUGUGUACAACUCGCACCAAACAUGCACACUCCUGAAGUAUUUCCUGAGUGUGCAUGAAACUUUACUCAGUCACUUUGGGAAAAGUGGCAAGCCAAUCUAAAAUCAUUAAUGUGUGAAAUAUAUCUAGUUUGAUUUCUGAGCAAGUUCAUAGCAGUGAUUUUGCAUGGUGGUGAUGCAUAAUAAUAAAGUGUUGACACAAUAUCACAAUUUUUGUCUGUGAACUCCUUCUGUCUUUUUCCAUUCCAGACCGGCACACUUCAAUUGGCUUGGUUUGGCAGUGCACAUUUAUUAUCUGUCAUAAAUGCACUGUUGGCUGCCCUCAACCCAUUGUCUAUAAUUCAUCACAUAGUCCCACCAUCUGAGGUAACAUAAAAGCAGCCAUCCAGCGCUGAAUCUCACAGUCUUAUGGAUAUUAGGAGGGAGAAUUUUGCUCUCAGGCAGAAUUAUCAGCAUAUGAAUGAACUGAUAUUAGUC